AUGCCUCCUCUUUCACCUGGGGGAGGAGAGGCCAGGGCAGGCCGGGGGCGGGGGGCCCGGCGCCGGGCGGCCGAGGGCCUGGGCCGGGGCUACGCGGGGCGCGGCGGCGGCUCCCGCCCUCCGCGCGGGCGCGGGGGGAGCCGCCGCGGCGCCGCCCCGGCCCCGCUUCCUCUUCCUGCCGCCUCGGCCGGCGCCGCCGGCGGCCGCCGCAGCAGGGGCGGGCAGCGCCGGCGGGUCUCAGCCGCGGCUGGAGGGGCAGAGGCGGGCGGGCGGGCCUCUCCGGGCUGCGGGCAGCUGACAGGCCCACCCCACCCCGGGGCGGCGCUGCUCCGCAGGGGGCCGGCGGGGGCAGAGGCCGAGGCCGAGGCCCCGGCCCGGGCCCGGGCCUGCCGCGCGUUACCGCCGCGCGGGUGCGGGGCAGCGCGCCUCGAGUGCCGGAUUUUUAUACCUUUUCCUAACACGUGUAAUUUUUCCCCAGGGGAAGAGGUGUGCGUAUGGGGGACGUGCGUCCCGGGACGUCUUUCUCUGAAGGCAGAAGCGCAGCGUUGGCUGGCCUGUGCUUUCCAGCGGCUCUUUCUCGGGCGCGGGGGGGAGCGUGUGUGUAGGAGGAUGGCUGGGGAGCAGGGGGCUUCACAGACCUCUCUUGAGGAUAUAUAUCAGGCAAGUGACAGUUGCAGUCUUUUAUAUGUUAGUGUUCGUGGGAACCCUGUGUGCUUAAAGACCUUGAUACCAGCUGUAGAACUGAUUGUGAGUCAUCAGCCUCAUCUCACCUGUGUGUUGGAAGGUGUCUGGAUGCAUGCUAUUCCUAGGAAACCUGCAGGAAUUAAAAGGAGAGGAAUUAGCCUGGAUGACUGAGUGACAAGAACUGGUGGAUGAACUGUCUUGUACAUUGCCUUGCAAGGGUGAGGUUAGAGCAGGUCCCUGGUGACCAAUAGUAUGGAGCACACCAUGAAACACAUGCCAUACAAAUUCAGGUCCCAGUCAGGAGGGACCCUGGAGAAGCCUGCUUCUUCCAAUGCAGGUACAGUGAAAAUAUCUCUGGACUACAAAUCACCAUGAUGAUACUGAAAGAUUUCUGUUGCUCAGCAUGGCAGAGCUGUUGCCUAAUCCGCUCUUCUCAUGUAGCUCUUUUGGCUCUUUGUGUUCAGGUUUCCCAAGAGCAGGUUGCAAAAUUUUGUGUGUCAGAUUUCACUAUGAAUCUCGAUGAUUUCACCAAUUCUGUCUUGCAUUAGUGGUUUGCAAACUCCUGCAAAGCAGCAUGAGGGUGUCUUCUGCAAAAUACAUUGAGAUAGCAGCCCCAACACGCUUCAUGCUUUCUUACUACUUCUUUCCCUUUCUGGGAAGACUUCCUCACACUAUGUAAAGUCUUCUAAAAAGCUAUGAAUUCCUUCAAUUGUGGUGUGCCUUAUCAUUUGUAAUAAAAUGCAUAUAUUAAAAAAAAAAAAAAAAAAGCUUUGCAAAAUAAAUGCAUGAGCUGCUUUGCUAAAUACCAAAUACAACUGUAUGCAAGGAACUGUAUUCAUUUCAGUAAAAAGAAAAAGUUCUUUUGUAUGAAUGUUACAGGAACUCAAAUGGUCACAAUUGUUUCUGAACCUUAUUUUGCCUCCUAAUCUGAGGCAUGUUAGAUCUCUCAAAGUUUUCCAGCAGCCUAAACCCCCAAGAGAGCUAAGAAAGAGGUGUGUAAGUGCCCUUACAGCCACUGUGCAGUAAGGGCAAAGUAAAGGUGAGAGAGAAUCUAGAUGCAGUCCUGAAACCAAACUAAUGUGUUUCCCCUCUUGCAGCUAUCAGCAGCUGGGGUUGGCUGACUGACUAAAUGGCUAGUGGGAAAAAGAUACUAAAGAAUUUAACACACAGAGAAGGAGAGACAGAUGGCAAUAGACUGGCCUAUCUUCAACUGAGAGGUCUGAAGGACAUGGUAUGUGAAAUUCCUGAUAGAAGAUGUGUUGGAGAAAGACAGAGGUGUUACCAGGUAACUAUAAAGUAGCAAAGGUAUUCUAGAAAGGUGCAAAAACUGAUCCAGGCAUCUAAGUAUGUGUUGGUCUGCUCUCAGUAGGCUUUAAAAUAAAAUGUGGAGAGAAUAAUACAUGGAGGUAAAUGGAAUGAAAUGUCACAUCUUUUUAAUCAAAGGUAGAUUAUCUCAGAUUAACGAAAGAUCAUUUUUGAUAAAUUCUGUGGUAUUUUUAGGCAAAGAGAAUGGAUAGAACUAUUCUAUCUUGAUUGUAUUUGAUAUACUGCCUUGUGGGAAAUUAUUAAUUAAGUUGGACAUGAUAAGAAUCAUUAAAAAAAUUGAAAGUGGGUAAGGAGAGUGGGGGAGUAGUCAGAGGACAAUGGGGACUAUCAAAAAGGAAGUAUUGGAAUGAAGUUACUAAUAGUUUUUUUUUUUUAAGAUUCAAUUUUGAGAGCAACCGUGUUAAUCUUAAUAAUUUCAUUAAUGAUGUUGAUAAGAGAAUUAGGAGAGUGACAGUGAUUCUGGUUACAGAAUUUUAGACAGCAUAGUUAAUGGAGAGGAGGAUAAGAAUAUCAAAUGGGAAAAAUUAGACGACUCCAAGGACAAGAGAAAUAAAGUGGCUAAUAUUUAAAAUAUUAGAG